UAUAAGGAGGUUGGUUCUCUUCAAAUUCGGGGGAAUUAGUGGUUUCAUUUCAGGGGUCAGGGGUGGUCAUUGAUCCGCCGGAAAACCGUCCCCUUCGACGCCAUAAUAUCUCUGUCUAUUAACGAAUUCGAUCUCACCACGCGAACCCCUAAUUUCCUCUGAGCAGGUUCUCAUGGCGUCGAAACGUAUAUCGAAGGAACUCAAGGAUUUGCAGAAGGAUCCUCCGACGUCCUGCAGUGCUGGCCCUGUAGCUGAAGACAUGUUCCAUUGGCAAGCAACAAUCAUGGGACCUCCAGAUAGCCCAUAUGCAGGAGGCGUAUUUCUUGUUACUAUUCACUUUCCUCCAGAUUAUCCUUUUAAGCCCCCUAAGGUUGCAUUUAGGACUAAGGUCUUCCAUCCAAACAUCAAUAGCAAUGGGAGCAUAUGCCUGGAUAUCCUUAAAGAGCAGUGGAGCCCUGCUCUUACCAUCUCGAAGGUUCUGCUUUCCAUCUGCUCUUUGCUGACGGACCCAAACCCCGAUGAUCCGCUAGUGCCGGAGAUUGCUCACAUGUACAAAUCUGAUCGAAACAAGUAUGAGUCUACUGCUCGCAGCUGGACGCAGAAGUAUGCUAUGGGAUGAGAGUAGAAGAUUUCUGUCUUUUAAAGUCUGUGUUGGGUCUCCAGUAAAUACUAAAUAGGAUAAAAGUUUGGUAAGAAAACCGUGGCUCUUGCCUUCGUCAAAAGGGAAAGAAGAAAUCAAGAAACUGUACCAAAAUUGUAUUGCUUUCUUGUUGUUUGUGUGUCGUUAGAGGUCCUGAUUUUAUGAAAGGUCUUGUUUCAUGCAUGUUGGGAUUAUUCUAAAUCGGUAUUUAACCCAUGGUUGUGGUCCAAACCCGUCAAGGUAGGGAAGGGGGACAAAGUUUAUUGUAUCUUUAGGGGUCUGAUACACCUGUUUACAUGCGUUCUGGGGAACUUUUUUAUUAUGAUACUAGAAAAACAUGGUAUUGGAAAAGCUUUGUCCAAUCAAAGCACUAUGUGAAUUUUGAUUAA